AUGGCACACCUCCGUGAGUGCGUCCGUAAGCCCAGCGACAGUGAUGUGCUGCGUGUGGGCCUUAAGCGCAAGGCUGCCGAGGUUCAUCAAGGGCACGUCGGAGUCCGCAGAGUCCUGCUCGUCCGCCUCGAAGAGCGAUGGCAGCGCUUCGGAGUUGAGGCCCAGAUCCCUCCACUUGCCGCCUUUGCCGCACUGCUCCGCCAGCCUGGUGAAGGCAUCGCACAGUGUCGGCAGCAGGGUGAGGAAGACCUUGGCGCACAUGGCGCCGUAUGGCGUCAGGCUGCUGACGUUUCUGACGGUGACGGACUUUGUGCCUUGCGAUCUUACGGUCUCGGUGAGGGUCUCAUGUUUGAGCAAGUCGGCGGUGAACUGUGCGCCCGAGUAGGCGGAGACGUACGCACACGUGAACUCGGCGACGAACUUUGUGAGCCCCUCCGCCAGACCGUCCAGCAGGGGACUUGA